CGCCGCGCCCCGGCGAGGUGAGCGAGGCGCCUCAGCCGGCGCUGCCCCAUCCCCCGCCAGCCCGAGUGGCUGGGAGAGGCCGCCCCACCGCGGCUCCACCGCGGCCCCUACGGACGCUCAGCACGUCUCAAGAUGGCAGAAUUAUUUAUGGAAUGUGAAGAAGAGGAGCUAGAACCAUGGCAAAAGAGAGUGAGAGAAGUGGAAGAAGAUGAUGAGGACGAUGAUGAUGAGCCAAUAUUUGUUGGGGAAAUCUCCAGCUCAAAGCCAGCUACUACAUAUAUAUUGAACAGAGUCAACCUCAGCUCAUCACGAAGGGGGAUACAGAAUGGUGCACCCAGUAGAGGUACGGUCGCUGCAUUCAAGACUGAGAGUCAGCAUUACGUGACGCCUGCCUCCAGCCCCGGUGCCGUGCCUGUCCCGUCAGUCUUUCAGACUGUGCCCAGACCUGUGACCAGCUCGGUGCCAAUUCAGUCGUUGGCUGUAACAGUGAAUGUUUCAGGAACUUCACUAACACUGCACAAACCAGGUGCUGGAUGUUUGUCAACACAGCAGAUGCCUGGGUCAAGUUCUGGAAUAGCACAGCCUGUUAGCAGACCUGUAACCAUUCCAGUGACAACACAGCCAGUAUCAAGAAAUAUCACAGUUCCUGUAGUGGCUCAAACUGUAAUCAGGCCAGAGACUGCUGCAACAGCACAGCCUGUAAUAAUCAAUCAGGAUUAUAAUAUGGAUUCUCCACCAGAUGCACCAGAUAAUACAUCUGGUAUACUGUUUGGUGUGAGACAGAACUCGGGAGUUCCACCGUACCAGACUGGGCCAGCAGUGAACGUAACAGGGACAAAUGCUGCAUCCAGCACCAUUAAAAAUGGAGGACCUUUUCCACGGGCUUGUCCAAAAUGUAAUAUACAUUUCAAUCUUAUGGAUCCUCUGAAAAAUCAUAUGAAGUAUUGUUGUCCAGAUAUGGUGAAUAACUUUUUCCCAGGAAUGGGAAACACAGAGUGUUUGAGCACAACAAGCAAGACCACUGAAUCUGAAAAAGGAAAACUGAUUAUGUUAGUUAAUGACUUUUAUUAUGGGAAAGAUGAAGGUGAUCUCCAGCAGGUGCAACAGGAGCAGAAGACCCAUACGACAUUUAAAUGCAUCAGUUGUCUCAAAGUUCUUAAAAAUAACAUAAGGUUUAUGAACCACAUGAAGCAUCACUUGGAGCUUGAGAAGCAAAGCAAUGAGAGCUGGGAAAGCCACACCACCUGCCAGCACUGUUACCGGCAGUUCCCCACGCCCUUCCAGCUGCAGUGCCACAUCGAGAGUACACACACGCUUUACGAGUCGUCCACGAUUUGUAAAAUCUGUGAAUUAUCAUUUGAGACAGAGCAAGUUCUUUUGCAACAUAUGAAGGACAAUCAUAAGCCAGGUGAAAUGCCGUAUGUUUGCCAGGUGUGCAGCUACAGAUCCUCGGCUUUUUCAGAUGUAGAAACACAUUUUAGAACAGUUCAUGAAAACACAAAGCAUUUGCUAUGCCCGUUUUGCCUCAAAGUUAUUAAAAUUGGAGCACCAUAUAUGCAUCAUUACAUGAAGCAUCAGAAAAAGGGAAUAUACCGUUGCGCUAAAUGCAGACUGCAAUUUUUAACAUGCAAAGAAAAAAUGGAUCACAAGACUCAGCAUCACCGAACAUUUAGGAAACCCAAGCAAUUAGAAGGCUUGCCUCCUGGAACAAAGGUGACUAUUCGAGCGUCUUUGGGAUCUCAUCAGUCAGGAUCAUCAGCUACAUCUUCUGUUAGUACAAGCAGUUCCACAUUUCAGUUAUCACCUAAAGCUAAAAAUGCAGCCACUAAAAAUCAUAACAAAUCUAAUACAAGUAAGUCAAGAGGAAAAUCAAAACAAUCUACAUCAAAGAAACAAAAUGCAUGGACAAACAGCAGAAAAAAAAAAGAACCUACAAAUAUAUCAUUUCAUAAUCUAAGGUAUCGUGUGGGAGCUCACAAAUGCAUUGAAUGUUUCUCAGAAAUAAAAGAUUUUGCAAGUCACUUUCCUGCUUACGUCCACUGUAGUUUAUGCAGAUACAACACCAGCUGUAGCAAAGCCUACGUGAAUCACAUGGUGAAUUUUCACAGUGCUCGUCCAAGUAAAAGAUUUUGGAUCUUUAAGAAGCAUUCAGAAAAGCUACGAGGUGUGACUGUGGUUUGUCUUAACUGUGAUUUCCUGGCUGAUGUUUCUGGCUUGGAUAACAUGGCCACACACCUGAGUGAGAACCAUACUCACACUUGUCAAGUUAUCGUAGAGAAAGUUUUCACAGAUAAUGCAACUGCUGCACAAGUGUCUCACAAACAAGAGCAUGACUCUUCAGAAGAAACAAAAGAAUGCAGCAGAAAUCAAACUAAAAAGGUUACAUCUGUUGAAAAGAGUGAAGACUCAUCACUGUCCAAUACAGAAAAUGUUCCUAGUUUGGAAUUCCCUGGCAACAGCUCAAAGAACUCUCCGCAUGAGAAAAGAGCAUCCUGUGAUUCAGCUAAUAACAACCAGUUAGUAGCUGAGAAACAAAAAUGUAUUCAUGAUGAGGGCGAGAUGAAAACGUGCCAAAGUUCAGACGCUGUUGGGAGUGAGCAGACUGAGGCGCGUACCUUGGAGGAAACGGCGCUGGCAGCAAAGAACGUCAGGGACCUGAAGCUGACGUUGGGUGAAGAUGUCAGCUUUGAGCAGUUCCUGAGGAAGAGGGAUGAACCCGAAUCCGUGAGCUCGGACAUAAGUGAACAAGGCAGUAUUCACUUGGAGCCUUUGACUCCAUCAGAAGUGCUGGAACAUGAAGCUACUGAAAUUCUCCAAAAAGGUAACGUCGCGCCUUCGUCCAAGAAAGCAGGACAGCUCGCUGAGCAAACGGAUGAGACUUCUAGAGAAAGCAAUCCCAGCAGGAUGGAAACAGCUGCAAACAAGACAGAUGAAAAUGAAGUGAGCUGAAAUUGUGUUAAUUUUAUUAUUUGUUUUAAACUAUGGUAAGAACGCCAUGGACCAUUCCUGAUGAGUGUGCUCAUGGAUGCUAAAACCUAAAAAUUUUAAAAGGGAGGAGAAGAGAAAGAGACACCGAAGGGAAGUUUGCAUAUGAAAGAAACUUGUAUGUGUAUGUAUGACUGAAUUCAUUAAGCUUCAAAAAGGUAACAUGUUAAAAUAUAUCUUCCUGUCUCUUGGAUGUGAUAUAUUAUUAGAUUGAUACUUGAAAAGAGGUAUAAAUUCUAAUUUUUUUAUAGUUAACUAGCCUAGGAUAAGGUGAUUUGUUCGCCCAGAAAAUAUUUUUCUAAAUUCUUUAGGUGAAUAUGAUUGAACUGGGGAUUGAGUAUGAGUUCACUUCUGAUGCUGAUAUGGAGCACACUUGUAAUGAAGGUUAUUGGUCUGCUGAUAGAUUAGGUAAAUAUAAACCUCGGGACUUGGUGUCACAUUCCUGUCUGUACAAGCACGUAAACAGAAGUAUAUAAACUUGUGCACCUCUGUACAGGUGUAAUCCUACCAGGCUGUAAACUUACCUUAAUAAACUUUCAGUGAAAGUGAAAUUAUUACGAUAAAAAUAUAUAUUUGUGGGGUUUUCACUGUGCAGGCUGUGCAGAAAUACCGAACAUAAGGUAGGACAUAAUGCUGAAAGUACUGUAGCUGUUAGGCUUUUACCAUUGGUUUAAUUAUCUUUAGCUGUAGACCCAUAGGAAUGGUCUGUAAGUCACACCAAAGUAUGUUUUAAUGUAAAAAUGGUUUUAAGCAAAAAUAAGGAAAACUCCAAACUGGAAGCACCACCUGGCAUGCAUUCUGCCAUUUUGCAGCUGCUACUGGCUAACUUAAGAAUAGGACACAAGGGCAUAUAAAGUAGAAUUGUAUAGUUCAAUUUCAGGACAUUUUGUAGUCUAAGUUAUGUACAGAAAGAUGGCUGCUGGUUUCGGUUUGGUUUUGGGGGUUAUUUUUGUCUUCUAGCUAGCUAGAUUUAGGAUUGCAUAUGAUUAACAGUAGCUUGCUCUUUUGAUUUCAUUGCUCCAUUUGAAACAUUCAGAAUGUGCUUUUGAGUUACAGUUUUGUUUUUAAUGAAUGUUAAAUGUUUUGAACAGCUGUAAAAGCGCUGCUGUAAAUUAUUACUUUUUGAGUAAAUAUUUGCAACAAAAAUUUGUCUUGGUGUAUAAUUUUAUGCUCAGCUUGAAUUUUGGGCAUAGCCUUCUCCCAGUUCUUAAAAAGAUUUAGAGACCGUUCCGAAAAAAUAAGUAACUUCAGUAUUGUGAAUUUGAGACCUCUGUUUCAUUGGGGAUUUUUGUUAGUUUUUGGGUUGUUUGUUUUAUUUUAGAAUUAAAUGAGCAAGUGCCUAUGCAUAAACACUUUUUUUGUACCUGUGUAUUGUGAUAUGAUGUGCUAACCUUUCCAGACUGUACAGAUAUUUUUCUGGCCCAUCAGCCUGCAACUGAAGUUUCCUCUGUCCUCUUCAGUUCACUGAGCUCAGCUGCUAAGUGAGUCUAACAGUUUUAAAAUCUAGAGACCAUCCAGCUUACUACUGGAACCUCUAAAUAAACCAGAUCUCAACUGCCACAAAAAUUCCUUCAAGCUCUAGAGAGAUGUAUGGUUUAAAUUUUGGACUGCAGCUUCAUUGUCAUCCAUGCAUGUUUCGAAGACUUUUACAAAAGAGAAGUGGAACAGUUUCUGUACUCCCAGCUCUUUGAGAUCGGCCACUUGAAGAACUUCAAAUACCACAACACGUGAAAAAGCUGACAAGAAUAAGUUGCAUUAUUCUUUUGUUUUUUUAAAAGAUUUUAGUGAAAUCAUUAAAUAGUGGUUUGGUUAACCAGCCUGAUGUGUCCAUGCUUUUACAUGUGGAAGGUUACUCAUUGCAAUGCUUUAUUAUAUGGAGUUUAAAGCAGUUUAUCAACUACAAAACUGGAUGUGUGUGUUACCAAGGGAGUUCCUGAACGCAUGGGUGU